ACGAAGCUCACGUCAUUUCCUCCCACUCUCCGUCGUCACUUCCUCUCCGACCAACUUUGCCCGUUGCUAAGGAGAGCACCUGUUGCCUGGUUACCACCUAACAGCGAGUCUCCUCUAACUUUUCACGCUUCGUAAUAACCAAUGAAAUAAGAAUUUAAAUUCACAUAAAAACGUAGAUUCGGGUCCCCGGGGUUAUUAUGGCGAAUCCUCACCGGACUAAUGUUUUGGUCACUUCGUGUCUGAAAUCGCCGGUAAACCCUCAAACCAAAGCGCCGUUAGCGUCCUAUGAGCGGGAGCGCGUCCUGCCGUUCACCGCCUCGGGACACAUGGACAACAGGGACUACGAGAAGGAGCUGGAGUGUGAAGACUCUGGCUCGGAUUUCUGCGACGAGGACCGUCUGGGGAGGGGGGGUCCGCGCAUGAUGAGCGACUACGAGGCUGCAGGAGACCACCUGGACCUGGGGGAGAUCUUCUUCUCCAACGAGGAGUACUACAGCAAGCUGGAGGAGCUGAAGAGGGCCCACCUGCGCACCAUGGCCGAGCUGGAGAACAUGUACUGGCAGAAGCUGCAGCUCAGGACCGUGGAGCCGUUAGACAUGACGGCGCUGAACGCAGGACACGGGCCGGCAGCUUCACACCGUGGUUUGAGGAAGUCGCUCUCAGCCGUGGAGCUCAGGUGGGAACAGUCGGACUCUUCGGACGAGGAUGCGUCCGGCAGUAACGACGUGGAGAAAGGCCUCCUGUUCUCCCCCAAAGAGCACAUCAAGAACAUGUGGAGGGACUUCAAGCUGUCGCCGUACAGUCGACGCCUGUCCUCCUCCUCGCUGCACAGCCUCCCAGGAGCCCAGAAGAAAUCCAAAAGGAGGAGGAGGAGGAGGAGGACGCAGGAGAAUAAUGACGAGGAGAAGGAGCACUGGAAACACAGGGUGACCGUCCCCAAACCCUUCCAGAUGACGCUGCGCGAGGCCGAGAGGAGGAGGCGCGGCGUGAAGACGCGCUCGGAGGUGGAGCUGGAGAACACGGAGCUGCGGAGGCAGCUGGAGGAGCUCACCGAGUGCCAGAGGAGGUUCCGCGCCAGCCCCGUCCCGGCUCACGUUCACCUCCCGCUCUACGGGGAGCUGCAGGAGCGCAACGAGGAGCGGCGGCGAACCAUGCGCGAGCGAGAGGAGCGGCAUCUCCGGACCGUCCAGAAGCCCUUCAGCUUCCUGGAGCGGGAGCGGCAGAAGAAGGAGCAGAGGCAGAGGUGUCAGCCGCAACCCUCCGAGCGGGAGAAAGUGAAGCCCUUCAAAGCCAAGCCAGUGCCCAAGUCCGUGUACGCGGCGGCGUCGGGGGAGCAGAUGAAGGAGGAGCAGCUGUAUCGGUCUAUAAAGAUACAGAUGAGAGCUGAGGAGAUGCUCCACGGCGCCUCCAUGCCUCCCAGCAUGCUCGCGCGGCGCCUCAGCGACCGCAAGAAGACCAAGGACGGCGAGGGCGACGACGGCUUCUCGCACAGGCCGCACAUAAACAAAGAGGUGCCCGACUUCGAAGCCAGCCACCGGCGCUUCCAGCAGCACCUGGAGAAGCGGAAGGAGACGAAGCCGACGACGGCGUGCGAGCCCUUCCGGCUGAGGACGUCCCAGAUCCCCUCGCGCCGGGACCGCGUCCUGGCCGACAUCGAGAAGGAGCAGAGCAGCCCCCGGGCGCUCCGCUGGCCGUACGCGAGCCCGCCGCGGGCCGGGCCGACCCGCACGCCCAACUCCAGCCUCUGUUCGUCCCUCUCCGGCAGCCUGGAGCUGCUCCCGGCCAAAGUCACGGACGCCACCAAGAAACGCCACGAGGCCGUGAGAAAGGCGCUGGAGCAGAGGAGGAAGGCGGAGGAGGAGGAGGAGCGCUGGAAGGAGAAGCAGAGGCAGAGGGAGAAGCAGCUGCAGAGGUUGGUUCAGAAACGAGCUCAGGCCAACGACCCCCAUCUGGCGCUUUCACAGACCCACCAGAGCAAGCUCAAAGAGUUCAGGAAGCAGGAGGUUCAGAGGAGGAAGGAGUACCAGCAGGAGGUGAAGGAGAUGAAGGCGAGGGUGAAGGGACGACCUCUGCUGCUGGAGCAGGUCGCUCAGAGAAACGCCCGACAGGCAGCAGAGAAGCGCUACACCGACGCCCUGCAUGGAUGUGAUGUGACGGAGGAGUUCAUCAGCAGUAAAGCGGACGAGUCGGGACCAGCUCCACCCAGGACGUCCUGGUCCAGCACCGACACACACAGUGAACUGGAGGAGGAGGACAUGGGGUACAAACCUGUCCACUACAGGAAGGUCUACCUGGACGACGAGGACGACGAGGAGACGGGCUGCAGGGACGGGGGGAGGCAAGAGGAGGGCGACGAAGCCUCGAUCGCCGCCUCCAGAGCCGACGAGGAGCAACGCGAGGACGAUCGGCGCGACUCUGAGGGAAGCUGCCACUACUCAGACGAUCACGAGGAGUUUUCAGACGACAGCGAACACGAGACGGACACGAGACAGGACAGAGACACAGAGUGACAACAUCAGAUAGCAUGGGACAGAAGACUGGACCGAGUGUUACAACAUAAAAGAAAGAAAGAAAGAAAGAAAGAGAGGAAAAGGGGAAUAGGAGAGAAAUAAAUGAGAAAGAAAAUAUGGGUAAAUAAAGAAAAAAUUAGACAAAAAUGGGAGAAAGGAAGAAGGAAAGAAGGAAAAGGUGAAUGGAGGAAAAAGGAUGGAUGGAGGAAACAGAAAUACAUGAGAAAGAAAGAAAGAACUCAUGGUAGUGAGUUCACAAUAAACACUCGUAGUGAGAAAUAAAGUGAGAAUUUCAUCGUUUUGAAACUUAAAAAACUUAAAUUAACACAUCUAGAAAAUGUGAAUCACUGCAUCGUGAGAGUUUUGUGCAUGAGGUGAAAAAGCACAAAUGUUCCACUAAAGGUUGUGACUUUUCAUUUGUACAGAAAACACACUUUGACUUGACAUCAUAGAAAAAGUACAAAAGUUAAAUAAAAACAUGAGUGUUUC